AUGUUAUGGGGCUCAGCGUGCGUCACGCACGGGUCGAGCCAGACUCAGCAGUGUUUCGUGCUCGCUGAUUCAAGAAUCUUUAGGUUCUUUGUCUGCGCCGAUGCGAGAAGAUCUGCGUCCGAAGAAGUCCCGCUGAGACUCAGGUACCGCGACCUGGUGCUUGCCACCUACAGUGCAUCGGCAAUGCAUGAGAAAAUCGAUGCUGCAAAGACCAGCGGACUGCUCCAGGCGACCGUCGACGUUGAGGCCGUGGAGGAGCUUGGAUUGAGUUUGUGA